GCGGGUUAUUAAGGUUAAAAAAUUUAAUUCCAUCAACAAAAUAAAAAACGUGCAGAUUUUUUUUUAAAUAUUAAUAUCUAAGUUGACAAAAUUCGUUAUGUUGACAUAAAUAAAUUAAUUUAUUAAAAUUUCUAAGUGAUGGAUUCCUUUAACUUUGAUCUUGACUUCUUAAACGAUAUUCAUUUUGCACCACAAAGCUGUAUUUCAACUGCAGUAGAAACAGAACAAAUUAAAAAAGAUGAAGAAGAAGCUACAGUCAAGUGUGAAUUUCGAAAUAUUAAUUCCUUUGAUGUGAAGGAAUUAACAUCGAAACUAACUGAACAUAAUGAAAUGGUGAAAGAGAUUAGCAGGCUUAAAGAAGCUAAUGAAAGACUUAAGAAACAAUCUGCCAGUAUUAACGAAUCUGCUGAAAAUGUAAGAAUUCUGUUUCAAAACGAACGUAAAUUAGUAGAAGAAUUAAAAACCAAAAAUCAAAGAUUGUAUGAAGAACUUAAUCUAUGCAAUGAGCGGGUUGAAAAUCUCCAACAAUCUUUGGAGAACACUAAAUACAUUCAAGAACAAAACAAAGCAUUUUUAGAAGAAAAAUGCAAAAAUUUAAAUGACCUAGUACUGAGUCUUAUCGACUUUAGCUUUGACGCAGCAAGGCAACUCUCAGAUAAUCUUAUUUUAAGUACAAAAACAAAGAAAGAGUUGAUGAUUAUAAAAAGUAAUUUAUUAAAACAAAAUUACGAAAUUCCUAGCGUCAAAAAUUUACACGCAAAACAAAAAAAUGUAAAAUUAAAAAGUACAAUGAGAAGUGAAGAAUUUAAUGAAAUAAAAACGAGUAAUACAUCUCAGAUUAAUAUUGAUAAAUUAGAUAAAAGUACUCAAUAUAUAUCCAGUACUGUUACAAGAGCUGUUAAUACUGAUUUCAAAGUAACAACUUUUGAUGCAAACGUUAACAUUUCCGAAACUGCUGAUUCAAAGAUUUCUUUUGAUGAACAUAUUAAAUAUAAAACAAAUAGUUGUUUCAGUCCACACCAUACCUUCAAUAAAACUCAUGAAGAAGGAUUUUGUGAUGAAAACGCCAAAGAGAAAUUAAGUGAUGCCCAAAAAAUAUAUCCAACUAUAGUACUUUGGAAAGCGCUAGGCGACAAUAUAUUUAAUUUAAUAAAACAUGGGGAUAAUUCAUUGUAUGAAAGCGUUAAUAGUCGUGAAACAAUCCUACAAAAAGUUCUCGAAUCGCAGAAAAGCAAGGAGGAAGACGUGUCAAAAUUGUUUUAUUUAAAUAAAGAAUCUGCAAUGACUUCUCCAACAUCUGAUUAUUCUGAAACACAGCUGUCCGGUGAUUCAAUAGAUGAUUUAGCACAUGUAAAACCAGAAAUGUUUUGCAAAGAAACCGAAAUUAAAAAAAAGAGAUUUGAUAAUUUUCUCUCCUUAAAAAAUGAGACCAAAAAUCGACAAACAAAAUGUUGCGGGGAAGAGAAACUCAAAAAUAUUUCAGCAAAUCUUUGUAAUAAUACAAAUGAUGUUAAAAGUAUAGAAAUAUUUGAUAUCGGAUCCAAAAAAAAUUUUAGCAGUUGCAAAAGUUUCUUUGAAAUUGAUGAAGAGUGUGAAAUAGAUAAACACAUAAUAUGUAACAACGAAUUGAAAGUUAAUAAGGAUCUGGUUGAGUUUAUUCCAAACGCUAAACGCUUAACAUAUACGUUAAGCGAUAGUAGCGAUGGGGAUGAUUGUUCAGUCAAUAUUAUGAAAGAUCAAAAAGAUUGCAAAACUACCAACUUUUUAAAGGAAAAUCCUUAUAGGGAUAAAGUUGAAAUGCAGAAAAUGUGCCCGAGUACCAAAUUAAAUAUUUCCACGAACAAUAUUUCCUUAAAAACAGCAUCAAGUGGAACAGAAAUUCAUGAAAAUUUUCAGUCAAAUGCAAAAAGACUUGAAAAGAAUAUUUGUGGUGUAAACGAUACUGAUACAAAUUCUUUUACAAUUUUUAAAUCUAUUGAAGAAAAUAGUAAAUGUAUCUUUACGAAUGCUAAAAAUUUGAACAAUCACAAUAAUUUAACUUUAACCAUAGGAAUUGCGAAUGAAUUGUCAGAAAAAAUCAGCAAAACUUGUAAAGAAACACCUGAAGUAUCUGAGGACUCGGAAAAAGAGCCUAAAAAUUUUCAAGUUAAUAAGGCUAAAUCUCCUAUUUCAGAAACAAAAAAAUUAAAGAAUAUAGAGGUUAAGAGUGAGAUUGAAACGUCAUACCAGUAUAAAUGUGAUAAAACACCUUAUUCUCCCCUAUCAGAUUCUGGUACUUCAGACAGUUCUUUGGACUCCGAAGGGUCUAGUUCUUUGGAGUCUGAAACCUUGGAAUCUGCAGAAUCGGAUUCUACUAAUGAGACCGAAAGUGAAAGUAGUUCAUCAGAUAGCCCAAAAAAUUCAAGUUUACAGUUUCAAGUUCAAAAUUCAACACACGAUUUGUUUAUGAAAAAUGAAACAAAUUGGGAACGUUGCAAAAAAGUUAAAAAUUUGGAUGAAUCAACACCCCAACCAAAAAAAAUGGAAUCUUUAUUUGAAGAUUUGUUCGGUGAUAGUUUUGAUAAUUCUCCUGCUCAUAAGACAAGUUCACUUACAAAACAAAUAUGUGAGGAAAAAAAUCUUCGUGAAAGAAAACAUGCGUGUACUUUGCAGGAUGAUUUAUUUUUGUCUUCAAGUGAUGAUGAAUCUUGCGAAAGUGAUUCGGAUGAUAAAAAGAAAAGUGUACCUCAAAAUGAAAAUUUAAACGAAUGUACGAACAGUUGUAAGAAAAUUGAAGAAAGUGUGUUAGACGAAGCUUUAUAUGUGGGAAAUUCGACUAGUAAAAUUUGUGGAAAAGUAAUAAAAAAUGAUUCACCAAAAUUAAACAACACAAUUCAUAAUGAAAAAGAUGAAAUAAUAUCAAAUAAUGGUGAAGAAAAUAUUUCAAUUAAGAAACAAGAUUUGCAUGUCGUGGACAAGGUGAAUGAAAGCAUUUUACUUUCAACAAAGAGGACCGACAUAGAUGAAAUAAGUAAAAAUCAGAUAACUUCUAGAUUAAAAAUUUGUUUAGAAAACAAUGUAAGUAAUUUGGAAAACGGUUCUAAUCCAUUGGUAAUUUCGGAUUUACAUCUGUUUGAAGAUAGUUCAUACAUUCAUAAAAGUCCAGCUUAUGCAGAGGAAAACGGUAAAACGGUAAACAAAAAUUUGAUUUCACAAAAUAAUUAUGUCGAUAAAGAACAGUCAAAUAACAUAUCUAUACAACAUGAACAGUUAAAAGCAGUAGUCGAAAAUAAAAGGCAGGAAAGCAAAUGCAACGAAAUAAUUAAAAUUGCCAAUGACAAAUUAUCAAAUAUGUCAACAAGUAAUGCUGUUGAUGAAAUUCUAAAAUUAUUCCCCCAAAUCGAUCGUGCAAAAAAAACAAGAACUACAAGAUUAUUGAAACAAACUGUGACGUUAACGAAAAUGACUUCUCUGUCAACGACACACAAUAAAGAACAAGUAGCAGAGAACUGUAUGUUUUCUAACAUAAAAGUUAAAAACUCAAAUGAAAAUCCAAAAAAUUGUGCAAAAUCAUACAUGUGCUUAAGAAGUGCCAAAAACAAAAGUUAUAAGAGAAAGAUAACUGAAAAUUUUGCGGACUGCAGCAAGAAGGUGAAAGAAGAUAUAGGAGAUCUACUUUUAGCUGAAACCUAUGCGAAGUCAAAUGAAACCGGCAUUACGGUUUCAACUAAAUCAUCCAAAACAAAUUGCCAUGUUACAGAUAACAACAAUCAUAAUAAAAGUAUGAGAGACAGUUCAAAAACAGAUUUCUUUGAUAAUAUUCCUAAUUUAGACUCAAUAACUCCAAUCAAAGAAUAUUCUUUUGCAAGCCAAGAUCUCACAGAAUCAACCGAAAAAUUAAUUGAGGAAUGUUUAGAAAACGAUAACAUAAAAUACUUUAACCCUAGUAAAAUAAAUCUGGCAAAAGAGUGCACAUUUGACACCAAAAUUGCAAAAAUUGGUGCAGAGUUUGAGGAGUUUGACAUAAAUAAAAAUUUUUUCGAAGAAAAUGGAAUAAAUUUAAAUGAUGAAAAACAAAAUUUUAAAACAGUUUGUCCAAAAGAAAUUAAACAACCAACACCUGACAAUCAAAAUAAACUUGAUUCACAGUUAAAUAAAGAAUUGUUGACAUCCAGCUUUGAGUACAGCCCAGCAUCUCCUACUUGGAAAUUUCAGGAGUCAAAAAAUGUUAGUCCCGUCUUAAUUCCCUUAGAAAGAAGAAAGUUUCAAAGUAGUGGAAAUAAAGUAGGAGAUAAUUUUACUGCAAUAGAAAAACAAGAAUCUUUAAUACAAUACUUCCUUAAAAUUUUUGAUUCUCAUAAACAAUCUAAAAUAUUUCAAAAUAAGGUUAAAAAUUAUACAGAAAUUUUGUUAAAAUUGAAAAAUAUUCUUGAACAUUAUGUUGAAAGCCCAGCAAAUGAAGAUCAGGUGAAGAGGUGUAUAUAUAGAUUAUUUCAAAAUACGCAAAAUUCUAAAAUUAUAUGCAAGGCAAUCGCAGAAAUUAUAGAAAUAUCGAAAGACAAAAAAAAAAUAAAUUCAAGUUUGUCACUAAGUAUUUCAGAAACAGAAGCAAAAAUUGUUGUUCUUAUUGAAAAAUUUAAUACUCACAUAAAGCAAUUCAAACAAAAUGUUAUCACAGAAAUUCAUAACCGAGUUUUUAAACUCAAAUCAGAUGUAAUACCAUUGGAAAAUUUAAUUAAUUUAGUUAAAUUUAAUAUAAUACUCAUGGAUUUGGAAAAUUCACUGGAUAAACAAAGCGAAGACGAUAGAAAAAUGGCGCGAUUACUAACUUUUAAAUGUCUCUAUUACUAUAAUAUUAAAGCAAUUCCGAUGGUUUUUCAGUUGUUAAUAUCAUAUCCAUCAAUAUUACCACGUAAAAGCAAUCCUUUUUAUAAAGAUGAUGAUGUGAUUAUUAAAACUAUUCAAAGUAUAUUAAACAGUAUUCCAUACGAUGUAAAUAAAACCGAUUUAAAACAUUAUGAAAUGUUUUACUUAUUGAAAGACUUUUACAAUUAUGAUAGGGUAAAACCUAGUCGGGAAGAAUUAGUUGAAUUUUUAAUCAUCAAUAUUCGUAAACAUUUGCUGAAAGAUAUUUCGUAUUCAUUUGCUUUAAUUUGCAAACAACACGGAUUUGAAUGGACGGAAAAUUUUGUUAUUGAAAAGAACAUAUUGCCAUUAUUAAACGAGUAUUAUGCAAAAAUUUUGGAAUCGGAAGAAAAUGAUGAGCGUAUUGAAUGUUUAAUAGAAAGUUUGUCAUUUAUAAUAAAAAGUUUUCCGGUUGAUUUUAAUAAUUUCGAUAAAUACUUACAAAUUUUUACAAAUUUUUUACAUUCUACUGCAAGGAAACGAAUCCAACAAGCAGCUGUAUGUGCUUUAUUACGAUUAUCAAGAUUUGGUUUAGUUAAUAUAUUUACAGCUAUCUUAAAUUGGUGUCCAAAUUUCGAAGUGGAUAGAACAGUAAAAUUAAUGAUUCAAACAUUUUUAUACAGGAAGCCUUUAUACUACUGGAAAAAAAUUCAGAACCAAAUUAAAGAAUAAAAUAUACAUGCAUAAAUUUGUUUCAGAAAAAUAUAAUUUAGGCUGUGAAAUAGUAAAACCUAAACUAAAAAAAUUGAGUUAUUUUGGGAAUUAGUAUAAAAUUAAAAAAAAUAAUAAGUAUUUCUAAAAAUUGUUUUAAUUUUUAUAAGUUUAAAUAGUUAAUUUUGUAAUUUAUAAUAAACGCAUGAAUUUACAAAUGA